AUGUUGCUUGUGGAUUUGAAGGAAAAAUGUAUUGUAGAGGAUGAACAACUUAAGAUGCAAAUUGCGCAUUCGAGAAAUCAUAAAAAAUUGACAAUCAAUAGAAUUUAUUUGGAUCAAAUUAGGAAAGAUGAUGUGCUUAACCACGGAGCUGUAACUAAUGAAUAUUUGAUUAAAAGAGAGUUAAAACAAUUGAAAUUAAUUGGCAAAAGACCGGGUGGUGAUGGAAAAGAUCAUGGCAGAUUACGUGACAUUCAUUUGGACUCUGAUAGACGACUUCCACUAUUUUCAUAUACGCCGGACACUUUUUCAUUAAUUCUUGUACCAAUGAUUAUUGACAAGAAAGAGGCCCUUGGAUCAAUGGGAAACGAUGCUGCAUUAGCCUGCCUUUCUGAUUAUAGUCCAUUGCUUUAUUCUUAUUUCCAACAACUUUUUGCUCAAGUUACAAAUCCUCCAAUUGAUCCUUUUCGUGAACAGAUUGUAAUGUCUCUUCGAUGUCCAGUCGGGCCGGAAACAAAUUUACUAGAACCAGAAUUUGAAUUGGAGAGCCGAAUUCUUUUGGAUCAGCCAGUUCUUUCACUUGUGCUAAAACGAAUUAGCUUCAAGGGAUGGCGUUCAUAUGUAAUUAAUAUUGUUUAUCCAGCAAGGCAUGGGCAGAGAGGUUUGGUGCCAGCUUUAGACAGAAUAUGCAGCGAAGCUUGUUCCGCGGCGCUCGACGGUUAUCAAAUUUUAAUUCUUUCUGAUAGACAAGUUGACAAAGAUUACGUUCCAAUUAGUGCGCUCCUUGCUCUUGGUGCAAUCCACCAAUGUUUAAUAAAACAACGACUUCGUAUGAAAGUUGCAUUAAUUAUCGAGUCUGGUGAAGUAAAACAAGUUCACGAUUUUUGUGUUCUUCUUGGAUACGGUGCUGAUGCAAUUUGUCCUUAUAUGGUAUAUGAGACUUGUUAUCGACUUAGAACAAUGGGACUUUUGGAUAAAAAUCUGACAGACGAUGAUGUUGUUCAAGGGUAUAAAGCAGGAAUUGAACGAGGAAUUUAUAAAGGUGCACAAAUUUUUGAAAUUGUUGGACUGGGUCGAGAAGUAGUUGACAAAUGCUUUACUAAUUCAGUGUCUCGGCUUGGCGGUGCUGAUUUUGAAACUUUAGCAAUGGAGGCGAUUCGAAGACACCGGAUCGCCUAUCCAAAUGUUCCGAAUAGUGAUUUAUAUCUUUAUGGUGAUAGUAAGGUUUUAGUAAGUCCUGGAAUUUAUCAUUGGCGUGAUGGUGGAGAAAAACAUGUCAAUGAGCCGGUUAACAUAGCAAAACUUCAGGCUGCUGCUCGUUUAAACGAUGCUAAGAGUUAUCAAGAUUUUGCGAUAGCUUCAAAUCUUGCUCAACGCCUUUGCAGCCUUCGUGGUCAAUUGGAAAUCAAAACAAACGCUAAACUUCAAAUUCCAUUGGAUGAAGUUGAACCGGCAUCAGAAAUUGUGAAAAGAUUUGUCACUGGAGCAAUGUCUUUCGGAUCUAUAAGUAUGGAAGCUCAUACAUCAUUAGCGAUUGCCAUGAAUAAGAUCGGUGCAAAAUCCAACACAGGAGAAGGUGGUGAGAGGCCCGAACGCUAUCGAAAGGAUCAACCUAAAGACAAUAAUAUUAGGUCAGCAAUCAAACAAGUUGCGUCUGCCCGCUUUGGUGUUAACAGCUCUUAUCUGGCAAAUGCCGACGAAUUACAAAUCAAAAUGGCUCAGGGAGCAAAGCCGGGCGAAGGAGGUGAACUUCCUGGUUACAAAGUAACGAGAGAAAUUGCCGCUACAAGAAAAUCAACUCCUGGAGUUGGACUCAUCUCUCCUCCUCCUCAUCAUGAUAUUUAUAGUAUUGAAGACCUCGCACAAUUGCAUGAAUGUAAUGAUUUGGAAACUGAUAUAAUAGAAAAAGAACAAUUAAUAGAAUUCUUUGAUAACCCUUCAAAAGUUAAACACAUCAAAGAAAGAAUAAUAGGCAAUACGAACCGCUGUUUUGGUGCUCGACUUAGCUACGAGAUUUCUAUUCGUUAUGGAGAGGGAGGGUUGCCUGAUGGUCAUUCAUUGGAAAUUAAUUUAAAAGGAUCCGCUGGACAAAGUUUUUGUGCUUUUUUGGCAAAAGGAGUCACUGUCAGAUUGGAAGGCGAGGCGAAUGAUUAUGUUGGAAAGUGCCUUUCUGGAGGUGAAAUAAUAAUUCGGCCAUACAAAAAUUCUACUUAUGCUUCUGAAGAAAAUACAAUAAUUGGAAACGUGGCUCUUUAUGGCGCAACAUCUGGAACAGCAUUCUUCCGAGGAAUUGCUGGAGAACGUUUUGCAGUUCGUAAUUCUGGUGCUACUUCUGUUAUUGAGGGUGUGGGUGAUCAUGGUUGUGAAUACAUGACUGGUGGACGUGUUAUUAUUCUUAAUGGAAUUGGGAAAAACUUUGCUGCUGCAAUGAGUGGUGGAUUGGCAUUUGUCUACAAUAGUUUUAACGGAGAUAUUACACGAUUAAUGAACCAAGCAACAAUUGAUCUAGAGGAACCAACCAAAGAGGAUUUUGAGUGGAUGAAAGCUCUAAUUGCGAGAUUUGUUAAAGAAACAGAUUCUAUAAUUGGACAACGGAUUUUGGAUGCUUGGGAGACUGAACGGCAUGAAUUUAUUAAAUUAAGUUUUCCCUAAAGAUUAUAAAAA